AUGGCAGUGCAAGAAUUGGAGAUUGUGACUGGAUUGAGUAUGUACGAGUCCAGACCAGGCUACUGGUCUUCUGAAACGUCGAAACAAUGCCUGGAACUCUAUGGGGAAGCACACGCAUUGGGAAGAAGCCUCAAGUUGUUGAAUGAACAACUUUCACUGAACAUUAUUAGCAACUCCUCUUUCGUCUCUUUGGGCAGUUGGAUCAAUGAAGAAGAACGGCUGACAAAUAUCUUCUCUGAUGGACUCCCCUUCACAUCAACAAGCUCAUCUGGCAAGGAAUUGAACGAUUUUGUUGCAAACUGUGCUCAGGGUUUACUCACCGCUUUCUACCCCACAAACAAUCACUGUCUUCUCUUUAAACUCCUCUUCAUAGAGAAACACUAUUUGGGGCUCAAAGACUUGAUCAAGCUGACGACUCUUUACGAGCAAGAAUUCCUCAAGUCAAAUUGCACAGAGAGCCCGACUUUUGAGUUCUAUCUGGGAGUUGCCUAUGCAGCAGCUGGAUUGGGAGAGAAGGCUCUUGAACGAUUCAACUCGUGUAUCUCGUCUGGUGAAAAGGGAGAUCGUGGCCUUUCGAUGACUCUUUCCGUUCCAGAGAAUAGGAUUCAAAAAGAACUCAUGUCAAGGCUUUUUAUGGAGAUCAUCACGAUUCUUGCCGAACACGGCCACAAAGAACAAGUGACCUCGAUUUCAAAGAAAGCUCGUCAAUACCUUAACGACAAAAAUAGUGUUCAGAACCGGCCUAUUUUGCACAUUCAA